AGCGACCAACAGAUGAUAACAGCCGUACUUCUAACGCUGCUCUGCAAUAUUCUACUGACAUAGGUACGGCGAGCAUAUAGGACACCUGCUACCAGCUUGCCAAGUUGUUACUGUGUUUAAUUGGCGCCUUUUCCCCCACGGUGGAUUUUACUUGCGUCUUUCAGGGACACAUUCCAAAACACCGAUUACCAUGACAACAGCAGCAGACGAUCAGUACUCGGUGCUAUCGGAACGCAAAGGUAUCUAUCCCCACUACUCGUCUACUGCAGCCUAUGUGCUUGGCAGCCUGCAAAUCGUCGGAGCCGUCGUAGCGAUCAUCCUUGGUAUCGUUUCGAUAGCUUUGAAGACACUUUUCUACUUCUACUUGGAACCAGUGUGGGCUGGACUAGGGAUCUUUCUUGUAACUGGAAUUCUCGGCAUCAAGUCAGCCAAACAGAGAAAGAAAGUUAUAUUGACAUACAUGUCGAUGUGUAUUCUGAGUACCGUGGUUGCAGGCUUUGGGUUCAUGUAUCGAAUGAGUUACGCAAUCUGCCAGAGCUGGGCGUGUCACCACCCUCGUGUCUUCACAUCAAGACCCGUCGAUGAUCCAUUCCUUGUGACCAUGAUUAAAGGAGACCCUUACGGCUUCACCAAAAAUUGUACAACAUCAAUAAUUGUCAACAGCAUCAUCUCAGCUGUCUUUUUCUGCCACUUCGUUGCUGCAAUCUCGGGGUCGGUGGUGGCGUGUUGUGGUGGAAUUUGCUGCAACAAACCACAAGUGUUCGUUCCCAAAUCGAUUCUUCUCACAGAACACGAAAGCGUGCCAAUCAGGAAUCAGUCUUCAGCAAACAGAGGUCAUGACCAGAAACGGUUGCUGAAUCCUCCUUCGUACAGCGGCGACGCAAAGAAGAAAGUCGUCAGCUUUAGCUGUAAAGGUCUCCCCUGAUAAACAGUAGAGGUCGCUCUUCAACAUCAUCGAAUUCGCUGUCGGAGCAACUUAGGAACGCUAAUCAUUCGCCGGUGUCGAUCUCAAAAAAUCAAAUUUGUGCUCAUCUGUGGGAUAAAUUUGUCCUCGGUCAAAAUUGCAUUGAUUCACAACUAACAAGCUACUUCUAACUCUGUUGUUGCCAUGACUAGUUAAAUAGACCAAGGAAUAUGAAGAAAAUAAUUAUGUACCUGGCUUAUGCUUGGAGUUUGUGUAUCAAAAACAGAGGAUGAGACUGUGAAUUAGGGGGCAUGUUUGGUAAUAAGAUGACCGAAAUCUCCAAAAUUUUUGAGAUACUUUAACACGACUCCCGGAACACGUUGCCGGUACGUUAAAAACAUACAUUCUCCGGUGUUUCGAUAACUUCCGAAGGUUUCAAAGGGCAAAGAAUGAAUCAACGUAGGAGCUUAACGGUACACCAUGCAUCUUUCUUUGGCAUGAUCCUGAAAAGGAGCACCGUUAUCUCCGAUAUUUUUUAGGGGUUUUAUUUGUUGUGGUGUUUGCAUUAAAAAUGUGUUUUUUGGUGUUUCACCAGUUGGAUAAUAUUUCAAAUGUAGUUCAAAGCCAGAAACUCGAGUUAAAUGGACAAGAGUUCGAAAGUAUUGAGAUCAAUAAUAAUAUUGUGGAUACAGCGCUGGAUCCAGGAUUGCCCGGGGGUAUAGGGCAAAAGGGAAACCACCACCACCAAAAAAAAAAGAAAAGUCGUCAUUCCAACACCCCCUCCCCUCAACACCACUGACGGGACCAAACAAAUUACACAUACAUUUUAUUGUCUUACUUAUAACAAUAAAAUCAAAAUUUUCUCCAUCCCCCCCCCCAUAGACCUGCCACC